AUGCACCACUCCCUUGAACACAUAGUCGCAGACCUCGGUACCGCCGUAGAUCUCGCGCGAGACAAAUUCAUCACACUCGACGAACACGAAUGCGCCUGCCCGCGACCGGAUGAUGAUAUCUCCCCGAGGGAUAACCGCAGCGUUGGAUGUGCGAACGGCGAGUUUGGGCCUCCAUUCAACGGCAUCGUGGUUGACGCCAGCCCAGACGAACAACGCAAUUGUGAUCAAGAUCGAGGCCAGGGUCACAAGGUUCAAUGGGCAAAACUUGUGCAAUGGAAUGCUGGCCAUGAUCGGUGCAUUGGCCUUCUUCUUAUUCUUUUCGCCAUGCUCUUCUUCGUCUUUUUUCCCGGCAUCCAGUUCGGCUUGCUUCUGAUCGGCAUCACGCUGGAUCACGCCUUGUUUGUGUUUGAUCUUAAAGUGUUGGAAUUCGUAAGGUUGAAGUGA